UUUCAAAAGCGUGGCCAAUUGCACACCACUUGCUUACCCCGGCCCAGUGAAGACCAGAAUACGCUCAAGCUGAGGGACGCCGUGUUCUUUUACUUUCUUGCACUCUCCAGUACUACGCUUCUCGUAAGCUGAGGACUUCAAGACCCGCUCAAUUGACUGUUGUGACUUGUGCCCCGACACUCUGAUUACCGGCCUGUACUUACAGUCAGUGUGACACGCAAAACACCCACCAGUCUGCCAGGACUCCACUCAAUCAAGCCCGUCACGCGGCCGCGUCUCAUUCCAGCAUUCAUUGCGAGGCAACUUGGUUUAACCAUGUCCUCCAACAAGAAUGGUAGUGCUGGCGGUGGAGGCAUCGCCACCAUCUAUGUCCAUGCCGGCGCUGGCUUCCACAGUGUGCAGAACGAACAUCUACAUCUGCAGGCAUGUGAAAAGGCCGCGCGAUCAGGAAUGGCCGUCCUGCGCAAUGGUGGAUCGGCUGUAGAGGCGGUCGAAAUGGCCAUCAUGUAUCUGGAGGACACCGAAAUCACCAAUGCUGGCUAUGGCAGUAACUUGACAAUCGACGGAGAGGUCGAAUGCGACGCUACGAUCGUCAAUCAUCUUGGGCGAAGCGGCGCAGUAGGAGCUGUGUCCCAAGUUAAAAACCCCAUUAUGGUGGCACGAAGCAUCUUGAACACGUCAGGAAAGCCACUAACCCUGGCUCGUGUUCCGCCUAACUUCCUGAUCGGACGAGGUGCAAGGGACUUCGCCUAUGACCAGGGACUGGUGGUCCUGCCCCCUGAUGCUCUCGUGGCUCCGUCUGCAAAAGAGAGGUGGCGUCGCUGGCAGCAGGAGCUACAAGCCGCUGAGCACAAGGAGAGGACCAAGCUGGGGAACUAUAUCCCGUACCAGACUUGUUAUCGCCGUCCUAUUCCUGUGAACCCUGCCCAAUUGGCCAACGCUUCCAGUCCUCGUCUUCCCGCUAUGCCUGCGCCCAACGCUGUGGAUCCCGGUUACUCAGAGCCUGCAGACCCACGUUUGACCUGUACUACUGCAAGUUUGUCCCCAGCGGAACUAACCCGCACUCUUUCCGAUGCUUCUGCACUUAGGGAUGGCAGAUAUAUGGAUGGAGGGUCUUGCGCCUCCGCUGUGGAUCUCGAUGGUCUGUCAUCCGAUACCUCAGAGGCCACUGCUAGCCAGCCUGCGGAGGUGAUGGACUAUGUCAGCGAUACUGUGGGGGCCAUUGCCGUGGACAGCUGGGGCAACAUUGCGGCCGGCUCGUCUUCUGGCGGCAUCGGGAUGAAGCACUCCGGUCGUAUCGGACCUGCGGCACUCGUGGGAGUUGGCACAAGUGUGAUCCCAGCCGACCCCAACGAUCCAGAGAAGACCAGCGUCGCAGCCGUGACUUCGGGAACUGGCGAACAUAUUGCGACUACGAUGGCCGCCCACAUGUGCGCUAUGCGGGUCUACUACAGCCAAAAGAAACACAACGACGGCACAUUCGAAGAUGUUACCGAGGAAGAAGCACUGAGCUCUAUGAUUUCUUCCGAUUUCAUGGGCCAUCCCGGUGUUCGUGGAAGCAAAUGCCAAGCUGCCAUCGGCAUCGUGGCUGUCAAGAAGACCACGCAUGGUGUUUAUCUCUAUUUCGGACACAACACAGACUCAUUCGUGAUUGCUUCCAUGAGCAGCGAGGAUAAACAGCCGGUGUGUGUGAUGUCCCGCAACAAUGGCAACGGUAGCAUUGCUCAGGGCGGCCGCGCCACUCGAAGCAAACCCAUGUCGCAAGCCAAGUAGUGGCACUCAACUCAGAUCGAAGUCUGCCUUUACCAAUUACCUAGCGCACAUCUACUGUUGCGCCGAGAGUGUUGACCAGUUCACAAAGUAAGUGACUUAUUAUUCAUU